AAUUCAUCUCCAGCUUUUAGCCGUACCCGACGUGUUUCAAGAACUGUUAUUAAAUUGUCUGUCAUUUUUGUCUGAAUAUUUCUGCCUACAUAAAACUCUUAAAAAUUGUUGUGAAGUGACAAGUGAUUUUAAACAUAUGCUGUUAGAAAGAAAAACAACAAAGACAAAGUUAUCUUGUCAAAGCUUAAAAAAAGACAAAAUUAAACUCUGAAAGAAUUUAAUUCGAGUUCCAAGUUGACGAUUUCAGCUUUUGAUUGUAAAAGACAAUUCAUUUGGAAGAAUAUUGAAAUGUGAAAAAUUUAAAAAAAAUAUUGAGUAACAAUGGAACUACCCAAAGGAGCUCGAAUAACUCAUAGUGGUCUUCUCCAACAUAAUUCUGAUGGCACGACCGAUAUUCAAAAAAUUACACAAGCUGGUCUUGUUGCAAGAUCACCAGAAGGUACUGCUGCCAAAGGAAUGAAUAUACGCGGGAAUGAAGACUUGUGGGUAGAAAUUCAAGCAAAUACAUUUCGAAACUGGGUGAACGAACAUUUGCGUGAUGUAGAUUUACAAGUUUCUGAUUUAUCAAUUGAUUUUUGUGAUGGUACCCAUUUGUGUGCAUUAGUUGAAUCAUUGCAAAAAAAACGAUUAAGACCAUCGUGGAACAAACAUCCUGCAAAUCAACACCAUUUUCUUGAAAAUGCAACAAAAGCAUUAAAAGCGAUUGAAGACGAUGGCAUUAAGCUUGUUAAUAUUGGAAAUGUUGACAUAAUAAAUGGAAACCUUAAACUUAUCCUUGGUUUAAUAUGGUCACUCAUUGUACGUUAUCAAAUAGGAAGGAGCAAAUUCCCUCCAAGAAAGCUCAUGUUAGCAUGGCUUCAAGCUGCUUUCCCUGAAUGCAAAGUAUCCAAUCUUACCACUGAUUGGAACAGCGGAGUUUUACUGUCUGCACUUUUGGAUUAUUGCGAGCCAGGUCUAUUUCCUCAUUGGAAAUCACUUGAUCCAAACCAAUCUGUGCGUAAUUGUGAGACCGCAAUGAACAUCGCCCAUAGGAAUUUUAGAGUACCGAAAAUCUUAGAGCCUGAAUAUCUUGCAUCGCCAUGGCUUGAUGAAUUAUCAGGAAUGACAUAUCUUUCCUACUUUAUGAAACCUGAUGGGCCAGGUUACAAUACUUCUAUGAGAUGGGUUAACAGCCAAAUUAAAGUACCAGUAAAUAAUUUUACGUCUGAUUGGAAUAAUGGAAAAGUUUUCUGUGAAAUUAUCAAAGGUCUAGGUGGUGCAGUACCAAAUCAAGGAAAAAUUAGUAGCGACCCUGCAAUGUGGGAAAGCAAUAUGAAGCGAGCAAUGGAAUCGGGGAAACGAUUUGGUAUUAAUCCGGUGCUUUCUCCCAAAGACAUGACUCAACCUGAUGUAGAGCAUUUGGCAAUCAUGGCAUAUGCAACACAUUUACAGUGGGUUACUCCUCGCCCACCUCUUGCUGAUAUGAUUGCUGUACAUUUGCAAAGUACAAGUGGACGUGUUGCAGAACUUACCCACUUUCGUGUAGAAACACUUUCAAGAGACAUUGAUCCAUCUAAUAUGAAAGUUUAUGUCGUUGCACCACAUGAUAAGGGCGUUGCAACACUUGUUAAAUUAAAUCAUCGAGGCGAAGGAACUUUCGUUCCCGAUAUUUAUGGAAUGCAUGAAAUUUUAGUUGAAAUUGGAAGUGACCGUCUUGGAGGUCAUUUCUUCCGUGUUCUUCCUAGACUUGUUCAAGUGACUCCGCCAGGAAUGGCUCCUUGUGCAUUAGGAAGUCUCGUAGAGGUUUUGGUUAAUGCUACAGGAGCUCCACGAACAGAAGAUAUUCUCGUAACAGCAUAUGCUCCUUCAGGACAUGAAGCAGGUAUUUGGGAAAUUGCGAUAACUUAUCAAGGAAAGCACAUUCAAGGUGGACCUUACACAUGUGCUGUUUUUGAUCCUAGUGGUGUUUCUGUCCAUGGAAUCGAUGGUGCAAUGCCAUUUAAAGCACACGUUUUUGAAAUUGAUGCUCGUGGUGUUGGUGUAAAUGGUGAACUUCAUGUUGACAUAGUCAAUGAGAAGAAGUCAGUAGUGUGUGCGGUUGAAAAGCUAGUUGAAAAUAAAUAUCGAGUGACAUUCAUGCCAAGACAAAAUGGAAAACACCGUGUUUACGUUUAUUUCAAUGGACAUGAUGUUAAAGGAUCGCCAUUCAUUAUGAGAGUUGGUACUAAAGGUCGAUCAGGAAAAACAAGAAGCAGUUCAUCUCAUGAUAGUACAAGAAAUCGUUCUGAAAGUCCUUCAUUGCAUUUUAAUUCUUCAUAUUUGAAAACAGCUGAUUCGCCAAUCAAAAGGGAAUUAUACUCACCGCAGAAUAUUUAUAAGUCGUAUUCACCACAAUUAUCACCGGCAUUUGAUGACCGUCAUGAUAUAAAAACAAGUCGCGAAUUAUAUUCUUCACCAAGACUUGUGUCUCCAACUAGGUUUGGAUCACCUGGAAGAGAUCUAUACAGCCCAAAAUUGGUAGACGAGCAACAACAUGGACAAUCAACACACUUUAAAAAUAGUGUCAGAAACGAUAUUAAAAAAAGUCAGAGUCCAGAAGUUGAAAAUAUAUAUUCAAGAAAAAGUGUUUCAAAAACUAAUUUUUUAUCAGAUGAAAAUAUCAAUACUUCUUCCUACAUUUCUAAAUUCAAAACUGAGAAAUCUUAUGGACAAUAUGAUUCUCCUAUAUUAAUGUCAAGUCCAAUAAAUAUGCGUUCAAGUCCAAUUAUUCAUAGUCCUUUGACAGUAAACGCAAGUGAAGAAAUACGACGAAGUCCGAGAAUAUCGACUUCAUAUCUUUCACCUUAUGAUAAUUCAAGUAUGAAAUAUAUAUCAGGCACUCAAAAUCUCUUGAAUUCGUCAAUAAAUUCAAAUUCUGAAGUUUAUAAAGUUUCGCAACAUUCAUAUAAGUCGAUGAUCAAUAACUCUGUGAACUCGAAAACCGAUGCUUCUGGGAAUAUUGAUUAUUUUCCAAUAACUUCGCCAGUAAACACGCAGACUGCAUCACGUCGUGAUAGUUGGGAUGUAUUGAACAAAACAAAGCAUAUGUUUUCAGAAAACUCUCUGGAAUCGUUGAACAAUAUAGCAGACAAGCAACUGGAUAGUUAUUUAACUUAUGACCGAUCAACAAUUGAGGAUGAAACCAAUAGCAAUACACAGCAUAAUAAAUUUUUACAAUCAAGCUUAUCCUAUAAAGAUAAACGUUCAAAUUUUGUAUCAAUUGCUGAUGGUAUAAAUGGUGCAAAGGCAAUCAGAGUGAGCAAUAAACCAGACGGUUUUUUGGGGCAACCUUUUGAGUUUGAAAUAGAUGGAUCGAAAGCUGGCAGUGGAAAUUUAGAAAUACUUGUAAAUGGGGGUCGUGUGACAUCAUCUGUUCGAAGUUUAGGAGGACAAACAUUUGUUGCUAGUUUUACUCCACAUGAAACUGGAAUUCACACUGUGCAGAUCACAUUCAAUGGUGAAACAGUGCCUGGAUCUCCUUGGCUUAUUGACAUCAUGCCUUCGUCUCCUGGAUUAACUGCACUUGGCGAGUCAACACGCCUUGUGCCUGCAAAUCAGCCAGCGGUUUUUGAGAUUCUGCCGCCUCUUGGAACGUCUUUAACAAGAUCUGACUUUGCAGCGACGGUACUUUCACCUAGUAAAAGUAAAGUCGUUGCAAAUGUCACCAACGAGGUGGCAAAUGGCGCAUUUCGCAUCGAAUUUAUACCUAAAGAGGUGGGAACACACAUAAUUGAAGCAUCCAUCUCGGGAACAAAACUUGUUGGAGGUCCAUUGAUAGCAAAAGUCUAUGAUUCAAGCUUAAUUCAAGUCAACGAUGUAAAUGGUGGUGUUGUGGGACAGGCUUGUCAGUUUCGCGUUGAUGCAUCUGCAGCAGGUGAAGGACAAUUAGAAAUUUCUAUUAACGAGGGUGAAGUGCCCAAUCAUGUUCAAGUGGUUGGAGGAGGGAAAUGUUUAGUUUCUUUUACUCCCGAACAACCCAAACCACAUAUAAUCGAUAUCAAAUUUAAUGGUGAAACUGUCCAUGGAUGUCCUUUUCUUUGCUCUAUUGCUGAUACAAGUCGAGUGUCAUUAAAUCUUUCUAAUCUUGAACUCAUUCCCUUAAACAUUCCUGCUUCCUUUCUUAUCACGGUUUCUGGAGGAGGAGCUGCAGAGCUUGCAGUAAGCGUUAGAAGUCCACUUGGUGAAUUGCCUGUGCGAGUAACAGGUAAUAUUCAUUCAGGAUUUACUGCCGAAUUUACUCCUAUUCAUGUUGGGGCUCACACAAUCAAUGUUGACUACAAUGGUUAUCCUGUCAAUGGUACUCCGUUCACAGCUAAAUCUUAUGAUGCUAAAAGAGUGUCAGUAGGUUCUGUAACGAAAGGAUCAGUGGGACGCCCUCUUCAAUUUACUGUUGAUGCAGGAGAAGCUGGAGAAGGAAAUUUAGAAAUUACCAUAUCUGCUAAAGGUCACAAUAUACCAACACAAGUUCAUCCUCAAGGAAAUGCCAAGUUUGCUGUCUCAUUUGUGCCAGCAGAAGCUUGUGAACAUGUAAUUAAUGUAUCUUUCAAUAAAAUGCCCGUUCCUGGUUGUCCAAUUCACGUCAAAAUAAGUGGCGAUUUAUCCGGGCCUCAAGUAUCACUGAAUGGUCCAGGACCUGUUCAUGUACCAAACUCGCUUAUCAUAAGUCAGGCUGGAGGUCGUUUGGAUGACAUAGAGGUUAAUGUUGAAGGACCGACAGGGCAUUCAAUUCCUGCACAAGUUCUUCAAACAUCUGAUGGAAAUUUUAAGGCUGAGUUUGUUCCAAGAAUAGUGGGUGAACAUAAAAUUAGCGUUAUGAUUCAAGGUCAACCAAUUGCUGGAAGUCCAUACUCAGCAAAGGUCUAUGACGUCAGUGCUAUAAAAGUAAAAAAUGUUACUAAUGGUACAGUAGGAAAUCCAGUAACAUUUUUAGUAGAGACUGCUCAAGCUGGGCCAGGAAACUUAGAAGUUACUGUUAAUGAUGGCCGUGUUCCAACAUCAGCACAAGCUCAAGGCCAGCAUACAUACGCAAUCUCAUUCACACCAAGAGAUGCAUUGAGUCAUACAGUUGAAUUGAGGUUUAAUGGACAAGAUGUUCCUGGAAGUCCAUUUAUUUGUAACAUUGCGUCACCAGCUCGAAUAAUUGGAAUCGAAACACUUGACAAAGUGAGUGUAGAUCAAGAAUUUGAUUUCUUCGUACAAUCAUCCACACAGCCAAUUGCUGAAAUUCUUGGCCCUGCAAGAAGAAUUGUACCAGUUACAGUUGAAGAAGUUCUCUUACAAAACGGAUUUAAGAUCAAAUUCAAACCGAUCGAUGUAGGCGAUCAUUCUAUAGAAGUUCGAUUACCACCAAAUGGUAGCCACGUUGAAGGCAGUCCAUUUUUACUUAAAGCUUAUUCUGCUCAGAAAGUCGUUGUGUCUGAUAUCAAAUCUGGAAUCGUUGGGAAAAGCGUAAACUUUAGUAUCAAUGCAAGUCAAGCAGGAGCUGGAAAUCUAGAAAUUAUUGUUGCUGUAAAUGGAAAAAAUGUUCCAAAUUUCGUUACAUCCGAAGGAAAUGCCCGUUUUAAAGUGAAUUUUAAACCGACUGAUGGUGCCAAACAUUCUUUGUCUGUUAGAUUUAAUGGGCAUCCUGUUCCUGGAUCACCUUUCAGUUGUAAUAUUCUACCACAACCAGUUUCAUCUUUGAAAGUAAUGGCUAGUGGAGAAGCUUUACGGCAAGCACCAGUGAACAUUGACAAUGUAUUUGAACUUGAAGGAUUUGAUUUCAUUGAACCACAAGUCUAUAUUACCAGUCCUACAGGUGAUAACGUUCCUUCUAAACUUACUCUUCGUAAUAACGUAUGGUUUGCUACUUUUCGACCGAAAAUUGUUGGAAGGCAUUUGAUAAGUGUUUCAAUUGGAGAACAACAUAUUGCGGGUUCACCUUUCAAUUGUAAUAUAUUUGAUGUCUCCCGAGUUUCAAUUAGUGGACUAAAUCACUCUUCACCCAGCCCUAUUGGUAUACCAAUAACAUUCAAUGUCGACGCUGCGGGUGCUGGUGAAGGAACGUUGGAAUUAGUAGUAUCAACGGCUAAUAACACCGUAAAAGCUGAAGUUACAGCAUGUGCAAGAGGGCUCUAUGAUGUGACAUUUAUACCACAAAAUGCCGAACCUCAUUUUGUUAAUAUUACAUUUAACGACAUUCCAAUCCAUGGCAACCCAUUCAAGUGUGAUGUUCAACAAAAUAUUCAAAAUAUUCAAGUCGGAAGUCCAAUGAUCAUUGACUUAAUUGAUAAUGAUUAUAUUCUUGAAGUGUUAGGUCCUAACCGAAAAAUUAUUCCUUAUACGACUGUUGGAAAACGCAAAGCUGAAUUCAAAACACUUGAGAUUGGAACCUACACUAUAAAAUUUAGUGACCGUGAGACUAAAACCAUUGUAAGCACAAGAAACGUCAAUGUUUUUAAUGCAACAAUGGUAAAAGUUGUAGAAGUUGGUCAAGCAAUAUGUAAUCGGCCUGCGACUAUAGUUGUAUCGUUAUCAGAAUCAGGUACAGGAACAUUAUCAGCUAUAGUAAAAUGUGGCUCACUUGAAGUCCCCUACUCAAUUCGCCAGUCGAAAAACUCACUUUGGGAAAUUGUUUAUCAUCCAACAAGAAUCGCGCCACAUAAAGUUGCAAUAAUGUUUAAUGGAACACCAAUCGCAAUGAAACCUAUAGAAAUUGUUAUUUUGCCACCAUCAACUGGAAAAGAUAUUUGUGUUCAUGGUCUUGGUCUUUAUCAAGCUCGAGUGGGAAAAACAACAUCUUUUGCAAUUGACACAAAUGGAAGGUCAGCAAGUGAAUUUGAUGUAGUAGUCGAACAACUUUCAAACAAUAAUUCAGGAACGGGAGGCCAAGCACUUCCUGUUCGAUGCUAUCAAACGAAAAGUGGACAUUUACAAGCUGAGUUCACAGUACAGAAAAGUGGAAGAUGUAAGAUCGAUGUUCUUCAUCAGUCAAAGCCUUUAACAGGCAGUCCAUUUAUUUGUGAAUGCUAUGAUCCUACAAAAGUCCGAUUAAUGAAUAUAACGAAAAGUAAUCUUGUUAUAAAUCAAGCAAUUAGUUUUUCUUUAAACACGAAGGAAGCAGGAAAUGCUGAUGUUGACAUCUCAGUGUUAUCACCUAAUGGUCAAAAUAUACCAGUAACCAUUAUGCAUAAAGAAGAGGAAGAGUUCAUAGAAUUUAUGCCAUUACUCUCAGGUCAUUACAAAUGUUUCAUACUUUAUGGUGGUGAACAAGUGAAAACUCCAAUUACAUUUGCUGUAUCUUCUCUAAGCAUAAAAUCAGAAAUUCGUGCCAUUGGAACUGGUCUUGAAGUUGCACAACGCGGAAAGGAAUCUUCUUUCAAAAUAUUCUCUCCAUCGAGUCCCAUUGUGCAAAUUGAGAAUAUAAUGGAACAAGGCAAACAAAUUGAGUCUCGAAUAAAAUCACUCAGUAAUAAUGAAUGGCAAAUCUUUUAUACAGUUAUGAGUGUAGGAAGUUAUGAGAUUAGAGCAAGCUGUCCAAAUCGUGGCCCAUUGCCCGGAUCACCCUGGAUCAUAUCAUGCGUUGAUAGCACAAAAGUUACUCCAUCAAAUGGAUGGAGUUCAUAUUUAGAUGACGAAGGUCGUCUCAUUCUUCCAGCAAAUGUUAAAUUAAACACAACAGAUGCUGGGCCUGGCGAAUUAUUGUGCGUCAUUGAUGGAAAUGAAUUAAACAUUGCGAAAGGUAAUGGAGAAAAUCAGGAAACUCAUAUUCCUGCUGAUGGCUUAUCAUUUGGUGAACAUACUUUUGAAUUACUAUGGAGUGGAAUGUCGAUUGGCCAAUGUCCUGUUAAAGCUUAUGUCAUUUCACAGCAAGCAGCUGACAAAGUUAAGCUAUCGGGACAUGGAUUAUCAGUGGCACAAGUUGGAGAAGUUUCACAUUUUGUAAUCGAUGCAUCAAAAGUCGGAUCAUAUGGAGGCUUGCCAGAAGCAACACUAAGCUAUCCUGACAAUUUAUCUAUCCCUGUUAAUAUCCAAGAAAAAAAUUUAGAGAAGGGUAUUUGGUUGGCUUCAUAUUCGCCCCCUAAAGCAUCACAAGCGCCAUUACAUUUGAAUGUCAAAUGGUGUGGGAAAUUAAUUAAAGGAAGUCCUUUCAAUGUUGUGAUAGGAUCAUCCGUUGAUUCUUCUAAAGUUAAAUGUUCUGGUGAAGGUUUGCGUCAUGGAGUUGUAGGACAGCAAAUUAAAUCAUGGAUUGAUACCCGUCGAGCUGGUCCUGGUGAAUUAACUGCACACUGUUCUGGUCCGAGAAAAGUCGCUUAUUGUGAACUUUAUGAUCAUGGAGAUGCAACUUUUACAUUGAACAUAAAACCACAAGAGCCGGGACGUCAUGCUCUUACUAUAAAAUAUGGUGGCCAACACGUUCCUGGAAGUCCUUUUUCUUUGAGGGUUGUUGGAGCACCCGAUGCAAGUAAAGUGCGUGUUUAUGGCCCAGGUAUAGAGCAUGGUGUACUUGCAACAUUCCAAUCAAGGUUCAUCUGCGAUACAAGAGGCGCGGGAGCCGGUCAGUUGACUGUAAGAGUACGAGGACCUAAAGGAGCUUUUAGAGUGGAAAUGCAGAGAGAAUCACAAAAAGAUCGAACAAUUCUAUGCAAAUAUGAUCCAACUGAGCCUGGUGACUAUAGAGUCGAGGUAAAAUGGGCCAAUGAACUUGUCCCAGGGUCACCAUUUCCAGUUAUGAUAUUUGAUACUCAGGAAGAACUUCGACGAUUUUUAUCAGUAACACCAUAGGCUCAAAAAGAACAAGAAGAAAAACAAAACCUUUAUGUUAAAUUUAACACAUGUUACUGUAAUCACAAAAUCAUAUAUGUAAGCCAAUUUCCAAUGACAAUUUACUUAUUUACAUCAAAAAAAUCUAUUAAAAAACAUUUGCAAAAGUUAAUAAAAAAAUCAAUUUUAAAUAACACUAAACUAAAUGUCAAUAUUUCUUUCAUUUCCUCAUAAAAAA